UUUUUCUUUCACUUUUGUCUUCUGCGGGAAUGUCAGCUGGCGGAGGCGUAGAAAAUGUUCGUACAAGUCAAGAAAACGCAUACAAAAGCAUAGGUUAAACUGCCGCGUUUACAAAAGAAGGAAAAGAACGUUCGACAUCAAGAGAAACGCUAGUCUGGUGGCACUUUGGGAUUUUUGGACAUCACGCAAUGCAUCCUGGGGCAGCUAGCAAACACGAGCACGAGCUAAUGCGAGCGCAUAAAUUCGUGUGUGAGGCUUUUGGGAUUUUUCCGUGUGCAAGGGGCUUCUGACCACGGACAUAUAUAAUCAAGAUUCAAGAUAUAUAGUGCAUCCGGGAAGUAUUCACAGCGCUUCACUUUUUUCACAUUUUGUUAUAAAUUUGCAAACAUGUCCUAAACACCUUUUUUCAUGUUGUCAUUAUGGGGUGUUGUGUGUAGAAUUUUGAGGUGGGGGGGUCAAUUUAUUCAAUUUUGGGAUGAGGCUGUCACACAACAAACUGCGGAAAAAGUGAAAUGCUGUGAAUACUUUUCGGAUGCACGCGUCUGACUGUAGCAUCCAGAGGCGGCGGAACAACUUGUGGAGAGAAGGUUGGGGGGUCGCAGUGCUCACGGGGCUUUUCUAACAAAGAGUGCAACCAUGCUGAAAAAUUCAAUACACAUUAUUGAUUUCAAAGAUAGGAAUACUUUAAAACCGAUUUAAAGCUAAACUCAUUAAAACAUCUCUAGUGUGAUAAACAAGUUGUUGCAGUACUAUGUUUAGGUAUGUUACUCAAAUGUUCAAAAUACCCCGUUCUAUCUCCCCGUGGAGAUAGGUUCAAAAAUGAGGGGGUAAAGGGAUUUCCCAACAACGUUUCAUGUAUUACCUCACGUGAAGCAAUGAGAAAACGCCAUUUUGAUGGACCUCUGCUAAAUUCACGUACACUAUUUCCGCCACAGCGAAAUGGAAAGAAAAUAGUGGAUUGUUUUUUUCUGGAUUUAGGGACAUGCUUACCAUUUUUAUGAGGCUAACAGUGACAAGUAGAGGACGCAGGCUGUCGCAGUUGAAUGGCCUCUGGCAGAACCACAAAGAUGGCUGACGUCUUCAAGCUCAACUGUCUUUGGACUUUAGCUCUCGACGUGUUCUGCUGUUGACAUGUUGCGGUUGCGCGCGGUCGUCAGGUUGUGGCGUUUGUCCGGCGUUCCCACCGUGAGCUUCCACAGCACGAAGACGUCCGUGAUGGGUGUGACCGAGGAACACUUUGAGGAGGCCAAGAACAAACUCUCCUCGUUGAAGAAAGAUCCCGGGAAUGAUGUUAAACUUAAGAUCUACGCUCUCUUCAAACAGGCCACGCGUGGUCCAUGUGACACCCCCAAACCCGGAAUGCUGGACUUUAUCAACAAGGCCAAAUGGGACUCGUGGAAGUCGCUGGGAUCAAUCACGCAGGAUGAGGCCCGGCAGCAGUACUGCGAACUGAUUGGCUCCCUGGUGGCGGCAGAAGGCGGAAGCUCCGCCCGAGAGUCCGCCCCGCCUGGCGCCGGCGGUCGCACGUACGACUCCCUAUUGGUCAGCACGCAGGAUGACAUCACCACCAUCACGCUCAAUAGACCGGCCAAGAAGAACGCCAUCACCGCACAGAUGUACGAGGAAAUCAUUGAGGCUCUCCAGCAAGCAGCACAAGACCACUCGGUUGUCACCGUCUUCACCGGCGCGGGGGAUUUCUACUGCAGUGGGAACGACCUGAGCAACUUCACAAAGAUUCCCGAGGGAGGGGUGGAGCAGAUGGCCAAAGCUGGCGGGGAGCUGCUCAGGAAGUACGUGAAGGCCUUCAUCGACUUCCCCAAGCCGCUGGUGGCGGCGGUCAACGGACCGGCCGUGGGAAUCUCCGUCACCGUCAUGGGAAUGUUUGACCUGGUCUACGCUACUGAGAGUGCCACCUUCCACACUCCCUUUAGCCAACUGGGUCAGAGUCCAGAAGGCUGCUCGUCAUACACGUUCCCUCGUAUCAUGGGAUUCGGCAAGGCCAAUGAGAUGUUGUUAUUCAACAAGAAGCUAACGGCGUUCCAGGCGUGCCAGCUGGGUCUGGUCACGGAAGUGUUCCCUGACAGCAGCUUCCAGACGGAAGUUUGGAGCCGUCUGAAGAGCUACGCCAAGCUACCUCCCGCCUCUCUGGCGCUGUCCAAGCAGCUGAUUCGCUCGGUCGAGAAGGAGCGCCUCCACGCCGUCAACGACGCCGAGGUGGAGCGUCUGAUGGAGCGAUGGACGUCGGACGAGUGCUUCAAUGCCGUCGUGAAUUUCUUUCAGGCCAAAGCCAAGCUGUGAGCGCACGGAGCGUCACUGUGGUGACACGUGACCGCGCGAUUGGUUGACAGCUGACGUUCCGUCCGACGUGAAGGUUCAAGUGCCUGAAAUCAUGCCCACGUGCACGCCACUCGCCUACCGUGUCCAAUUAACGUGUGUGUAGCGGAAACAAGUUGUAUCGAUGACAAAUAAAACCUUUCUUUUUGAUGUACAGUCAGCUCGUGUGUUAGCAUUAGCUCAUUAGCAGCAUCGGCCGAAAAAUCCAGUAAAUGUAUGUCGACACUUCGCGACAUGUAAAAAUACAAAAUGACUGCUUUCAUACAUUGAUAUAUCACAAAGGACUCUCGAGUCGGAUACCUCCUGUGCCAGUUGCGAUGCGGACCUUUCUCCGCGUGCCCCUGACACGUUUCCCACCUUGCUUUCUCCUCACCUACCUGUCAGUCAGAUCCCCGCCGUAAUCUGCCAUAACGCUGCCGUUCACCGUCAAGGUGGCCCCUAGCGGCUAAUGGCAGACGCUAGCUGCUUCUCUGCUAACGCGGCCCUCCCGCGAUACGCGACACUUUCAGGGCGUCCUCGCCUUUAACGUUACAUUAUGAAGUCGGCUUCCGACGUUGCCCCUAACGUUAGCUUAGCUUCCCGUUUUAGCUUUCAAUGUUUGCUACCGCUGUUAGGUUUUGUUAGCUCGAUUCUCUAAUUGCUAGGUGUCAAACCCGAGGCUCAGGGGCGAGAGGCAGCCCGCCGUAUUAUUUUAUGUGGCCCGUGAACCGAAAUUAUAAGUGCCCACUUCCAUGAUUCUUUCUCAAAUCUGUACCAAAUUUCCAAACUGUCAUAAGUAAUAAGCAAUAAUGUUGAGAGAUUGCAUUUCUCUGUUCCCAAACCCCUCUUUGCAGUCACUUGAACAAUACUUGAAUAAACUAUUAUCCUU